GGAGAAAGGACCAUCAGAGAGAAGCUUCAACAGUUCACGGUUGCUGGUGGUGCUGCAGCUGAGUGAUGGAGCUGAAGGUGUGGGUGGAGGGUGUGGUCAGGGUGGUGAGCGGCCUAUCACUGACCACUUCCUGCCAGGAUGUCGUCAUCGCUCUGGCACAGUCGCUUGGUCGGACCGGUCGGUACAUUCUCAUCGUGAAGCUGCGGGGGAAAGAGAGGCAGCUGCUGGCCGAGGACUGUCCUCUUCAGCACCUGUCUCAGCUGGGUCAGAUGGCCCCGGAGGUCCACUUCGUCCUGCGGAGGACCGGCCCCAGCCGGGGGGAUGGGCGAGGCACACCCGACACGGAGCGACGGGAACCGGCCCACCUCAAGAGGACCUGGGCCCCGUCCCCCAGAGCUUCUCCAGAACCCCGGGCCUCCCCCAUCUCGUUCCCGGACCCUCACAGCUUCCCCAAGGAGGAGGUGUUCAGGCAGGUCCUGCAGCAGCAGAGGAGGCUUCAGGACCUGGAGAACCAGCUCUGGUCUCUGGAGAAGGAGGCCGAGGUCUGGGAGCAGGAGGGGUCGUCUGCCAGAGAUCACGGUCCGACUGUGGUCUGGGAAGCAGAACUGGAGGACCUGGAGCGGCGCUUGAGGCAGAACGAGGCCGAUCUGAUGCUCGGACUCCAGUGGGAGGAGGAGCUCCAGGCAGAGGUGGACCGAGAAGAAGACCUGCAGAGAGAUCAGCAGCAGCUGCACGCGUCGAUGGAGGACGACGCCCACCAGAUGGAGGAGCUCCAAGCCCGCUCCGCCCAGCUGGAGCAGGAGGUGCAGCUCAAAGAACACAGGCCCAGCUCCCGGGCGGACUCGAGGCCGCCGGAGGAGGCGCUGAGGCCUCUGAAGCAGGAGCUCCGUUACCGGUGGCAGCAGGGAGAAGAUCUGGAAGCAGCGUUGUCCGAGACGCAGAGGGAUCUCCAGGCGGCGGAGGAGAAUCUGCAGGGCCGGCGGGAGAUGAUCGAGGAGCUGAACAAGGAGCUGAGGCAGUGCAAGCUGCAGCAGUUCAUCCUGCAGACCGGGGCGCCCCCCCCCGAGCCCCUCACCGACCUCUACCUCAGCAGUGCUGGCAUCAUGGAGACGUCCCCCAAGUGAUGAAGUCCACUGGUCCUUUCCUUCAGCAGCAGGAGUACUGCUGUGUUAAAGUUCUCCUCCUUGAGGACUCAACAACGAAGGAGACGAGUUCAGAGGAAACGUCUUUCUUUUGUUUUUCACGUCAGAUGAAGAAGGAAAGAAAAAUCCUCACAGCAAGCUGAAAUAAACACUGUUUGCUUCAUUUAUUGAACUCAUACGAUGUCUGAAACACGACGUCAUGAAGUUAAGCCUGAACCUCGAAGGACUGUGUGUGUGUGUGUGUGUGUGUGUGUGUGUCUGACAAGCCAACCAUUGGCAGUUUCGUAGAAUGUCAAUGAAAUUAAUGAAUGUACAUUUUUAUGCCUGUAAUUUAAAUUGCACAUCUGUAUUUUAUUUGUACUGUAUUUUUUAUU